UAUAUUUUUUUGAAACACUUUGAGGUGGCCUGAACAUAUUGAAGGCACUUUACAUGAUGCAGAGUGCCAAAUGUAACUUGAAUCUUCUGCCAGUCACAUAAUAUAAUUGUGGGUUAAUUAACUAUGACAUCAUGCUGUGUCCUACUGUAACGAGAAGAAUACGUUUUGUUCCCUGGAGGCUUCUGCAAUAACAUCCUCCCACAGCACCAAUGUUUAUUGCUGCAUGUAGCUAUGAAGAACACGUAGAAUGACUUGCCAAGGCUUGACUAACAGAAGUCCGGGAGAGAGGAGAGAUCAGGAUAUAGCUCAAGCAUUGAAUGUCGGAAACAAAGUCGAGUUAAAGAGAGAAAGGGAGGUCAAGUAAAAAAUGCAGACCAAAAGGAAAGAACUCGAAUCGGAAUGGUUUCUAUAUGUAAUAGGACACAUCAUGUUCACGUCAGUAUUUCUGGCUUCAACAUCAGGGAGAGGCCUCGAGGGACUGCCAAAGCCCAAGAACGUGUACGUAAAUUCGACCAACAUGAGGCAUAUCCUGAGGUGGAGUCCGGUCAGAGUCCCUCUGGGCAAGGUCAGGUACUCAGUGCAGUUCCAAGGAGAGUUUGAGCGAAACCACAGGAAAACCUGGGUGGCAAUCAUGGAAUGUUCCAGCAUCAGGGAAACAUGGUGUGACAUCACAGCAGAUGUAUCGUCAGAUGUUGACUAUGGUCUGAAGGUUCGGGCAGAGCUUGGGAAUGCCACUUCCAAGUGGGAACAUCUCAGUAAGCUCUUCAAUCGGAGAGAGACCAUUCUGACAAUACCAAUGUUGACUGUUGAAGUGAGUGGUGGCCUGGUUAUACUGAAUGUCAGUGAAGUACAGAAGAACAUCAAUGCUCAUCUAUAUUACUGGGAGAAAGGAGUGGAGCAGCAGGUCAUGAGUGUUUUUAUGGACCAAAAUCAGAGACCUUACUAUCUCCAAGUGCAGAAGGGAGUCACAUACUGUUUCCAAGCACAGCUCUGUAUCUUAGAAUACAACAAAUCCAGUUCCUUCAGCGACAUUAUCUGUGAGGCAGUCAGUGGCGACAUCACAUCCAGUGGAAACCUGGUGACAGUUACUAUUGUGUUACUUCUUGGAGUGUGUUUUCCAGUGGCUGCACUGUUCUGCAUCGUGAAGUUCUGCUGCAGCCCUCGGCAUGAAUGUUUACCGAAAAUGUCGGUCCCUCACGUCCCAAAUUUAGAAAACCUUCAAGCAGUUGUCCUGAAAGCAGAAGACUACAGCCAGGAAUCAUGUGCUUCUGUUGAGGUCUGGCAUCACUCAGAGGCAUUGAUUGUUGAACACCAAGAGCUGACUGCACAGGACAAGAUAAACGACAGCAUGGACAAAGACAUGGACAUCUGGUUAAUGAACUCUGUUUCAUACGGGAACAUUUUCCAAUCUCAAUGGUCAAUGCAGAGAGGAUAUCAGUCUCAAAUGAAUUUGGAGCAUGAGAAAAUUACACUGGCAGUGCUAGCGGAGUCUUAUGUAAGAUGAUGAACAGACUUCAGGAUGCUCAACUGGUUGGAGGAAUUAGAGCACUCUAUCCAGUUUCUAACAUGCAUUGCUGUAAUUCAGAAAUACAUAGUAAGCUGCCACAGGACAUCUGGUGACAAGACAGAACUGUUCCAGAAAUGUUUCUUCAUCUCAUAAAUCAAUAAAAUGAUUCAUUUUCUUGCA